UUUUUUUUUCCCCCUUUAUAAUUCUAUAUUAUGGCACCUCAUCCAGUUAAUAUUAUACCAAAACAACAUCAUUACAUUAAUGAACACUUCAUUCCUACAAAACAACAUUGUCUUAAAGUUAAAAAAUUAUUACUUGAUCAAGCCCAUCUUGAUUCAUCAUCCGUCAUUUACAUGAAAGGGAACACUGAAAUGACAAGAGACAACACUGAUAUUGACUUGGAGUUUCGACAAGAAAGUAAUUUUUUUUACUUAACAGGCGUAGAUGAACCUGGCUUUCAACUUAUUUUUCAUUUAGAAUCAGAACAACUCUAUCUUAUUGCACCCAACAUAGCACAAACUGAUAUCUUUUGGAAAGGACCCAGCCAUGACAGCCAAGACUUAUUGAAACGUUACGACGUAGAUAAGAUCAUAACGGAACCUGACCUCCCCCUUUUAUUUAGUAAUCUACAACCCACACGACUUUACUUGUUCGAUAACACGAUUCAGACACUUGCAUGGAUGAGGGUGACUGAAGAUUGCAUCAUAGAUUAUCAAUCAUUAUCACUUGCAUUAAAUGAAGCACGUCUUAUCAAGUUCCCCUGGGAGGUGAACAUGUUGAGGGACGUCAUGAGAGCAUCAUCGGAAGCCCAUAUUAGGGUGAUUCAACAAUGUCGUCCAGAGAUGCGGGAGGCCUAUCUGGCAGCCGUCUUUCAAUGGGCCUGUGCUGCUCAUCAACAUGAGGUCUAUCGUCAGGCUUAUCUGCCCAUCAUUGCCUCGGGCCCCCGCAUAGCUACCUUGCAUUAUUCUAAAAACAAUCAUAUCAUUCGUCAAAAUCAACUCGUCUUGGUUGAUGCCGGUGGUGAAAAGUGCUGUUAUGGCAGCGAUAUCACUCGUACCUUCCCCGCAAAUGGUCUUUUCUCCAAGGAAGCUCGCAUUAUUUAUGAAAUUGUUCUAAAGAUGCAGGAGAGCAUUUUAGUAGAAUUGAAACCAGGCGUAUUUUGGACAGAUAUGGAAAGAUUAGCUAUCAGUGUGUUGUGUCAUGAGUUGAUCAAAAUUGGGAUUUUAGUAGGAGAAGAAGAGGAAUUGAUUCAAAGACGUGUGCCUAGUGCAUUUUAUUACCAUGGACUCGGGCAUUCGGUUGGUUUAGAUGUUCAUGAUGUAGGAGGAAAAGAUGAUUCUACAGAUGAAGACGAAGAAAAGGAGUUUCUCAAAAAUCGACCCCUCGAGGCCAACAUGGUUCUGACAGUUGAACCGGGUCUUUAUUUUAAUGAUACGAUGUUAUCCAUCUGGACAGAAUUUCCGGGGUAUCAAAAUUAUUUUGAUCUCAAUGUGUUGGCCAAGUACCGAGAAGUAGGUGGGGUCCGAAUUGAGGAUACGAUUGUAAUUACACAAAACGGAUAUGAAAAUCUGACACUUGUGCCAAAAACUAUAGAGGCCAUUGAAGAACUCAUGCAAGCUACUAAACAACACCCAUCAUCAUCAUCAUUAUCAUUAUCAUAAAAAAAACACAUAAUAGAAAAAAUGUAAUAAUAAUUAUAAUAUUCAUAUAAAUAUUAGCGCACGUAUGUAUGUAUGUAUGUAUGUACGUAUGUACGU